GCACACCGGCUCCCUCCCUCCCUCCCUCCCUCCCUCCGAAGCCAUGGUCUGGAGGAAGCUGGGCUCCAGCAACUUCUCCAGCUGCCCCAAUGGCUCCAGCCAGUGGAUAUGGGACGUGUUUGGCGAGUGUGCCUGGGAUGGCUGGGACAAGGCCAGCGUGGGCCUGGGCUUGAUCUCCAUUCUCUGCUUUGCUGCGUCCACCCUCCCCCAGUACAUCAAGGCCUGCAAGAUGGGCAACAUGGACCAGGCCCUGUCCCUGUGGUUCCUCCUGGGCUGGAUCGGCGGAGACUCCUGCAAUCUCAUUGGCUCCUUCCUUGCUGACCAGCUGCCUCUGCAGACCUACACAGCUGUGUAUUACGUCUUAGCCGACGUGCUGAUGCUGUCGCUGUACUUUCAUUACAAGUUUAAGAAACGCCCCUCUCUGUGGUCUGCCCCCAUCAAUUCUGUGCUGUUGUUCACCUUGGGGGUGGCGUGUACCGCCCCACUGCUGAGCAGUGCUGGCUUGGUGGCUGCCCCCAGGGAGGUCUUCCGGGGGCGGAUGCUGUUGUCUGUGGAGCCGGGCAAUAAGCCCUUCACACAGCAGGAAAUCAUUGGCUUCGUAAUCGGCUCCGUGUCCAGCAUGUUGUACCUGCUCUCCCGGCUGCCUCAGAUCCGCACCAAUUUCCUGCGGAAGUCGACACAGGGGAUCUCCUACUCUCUGUUCGCCUUGGUGAUGCUGGGGAACACGCUGUAUGGGCUAAGCGUGCUGCUCAAAAACCCCGAAGUAGGCCAGAGCGAGGGCAGCUAUGUGCUGCACCACCUGCCCUGGCUCGUGGGCAGCCUGGGCGUCCUGCUGCUCGACACCAUCGUAUCCUUCAGGUUCCUGAUAUACAGGGAUGCCGCCACCUCAUCAGAGCGCCAGCCACUCCUCCCCAGCUGA